CCGGUGUAGGUAGGUAGGAGAUACGCAAUUCUUCCUCCGACUUCCAAAGGUUUCAAGUUUCAACCAUCAUGGUUCGGUCUACUAUCCUUACGGCACUUGCCCUGGGGACACAGUUGACUCAAGGUCAAUAUCAAGAAGAGAAAGUCUUUCCCUCACCCAACGCCACUGGUGCCGGAAACUGGCAAUCAGCAUUCCAAAAAGCCUCCGCCGCAAUAGCGCAGCUAAACCUCACCGAAAAGGCCUUCCUAGUAACCGGUGUCUCGGGUCCAUGUGUAGGAAACAUCGCCGCCAUCCCGCGUAUAGGGUUCAAGGGGCUAUGUCUACAAGAUGGACCAUUGGCUAUUCGACAAGCGAGUUAUGCCAGCGUUUUCCCUGCAGGAGUUUCUGUGGCGGCGACUUGGGAUCGAGAUUUGACGUAUGUUCGUGGUGUUGAGAUGGCGGCUGAAUUUAAGGGGAAGGGUGCUCAGGUUGCUUUGGGGUAUCUCUCUUUCUUCUACAUUGUCACCACAGAAUAAUGCUGAUGGUGUAGUCCUGUUGCUGGCCCUCUGGGUCGCUCUGCUCUCGGGGGCAGGAAUUGGGAAGGUUACUCACCGGAUCCAUAUCUUACUGGCGUUGCUUUCGCCGAGACAAUCAAAGGGAUGCAAUCACAAAAAGUGCAAAGUAUGCCCUGCUGCAGAUGAAACUGAAACUGAAAGGCUAAAGUAUGCAAGCAUGCGGCAAACACUACAUUGGCAACGAACAAGAAACCCAACGCAACCCAACAACAUAUCCCAACGGCACCACCAAACAGGAAUCCGUAUCCUCCAACAUUGACGACCGCACAAUCCACGAAUUGUACCUCUGGCCCUUUUACGAAGGUGUAAAAGCAGGCAUGGCAUCGGUCAUGUGCAGCUAUAACCGCAUCAACGGAACAUAUGCCUGCCAGAAUUCCAAGACGCUCAAUGGAAUACUCAAAGAAGAAUUGGGAUUUCAGGGGUAUGUUGUCUCUGACUGGGGUGGGACGCAUUCUGGACUCGACUCUGCGUUGGCAGGGUUGGAUAUGGAUAUGCCUGGUGCGAUUGAAUGGGGUUCUGAUAGUGGUAACAACUCUUAUUUUGGGAAUAAUAUUACCAUGAUGAUUCAGAACGGAAGUCUGGCGGAGUCGAGACUUGAUGAUAUGGUGAAACGGAUCUUGACGCCGUAUUAUUUCUUUGAUCAGGAGAAUUAUCCGACUAUUGAUCUUGAUACAGCGCAACUGUCAAAGGAAUUGUAUGGAAGUGAUAUUCCCUCUUUUUCUCAUCCGUUCAAUUUGGGAAACUCAACAGAUAUCAACCGCGACGUACGAGGGAACCACAAAGAUCUAAUCCGCGAGAUCGGAAGCGCCAGUGCAGUCCUUCUUAAAAACACCAACAAUACCCUUCCGCUACCAAAAGAUAUCAAACGCAUUUCAGUCUUUGGAAACGAUGCGGCAGAUGUAUCAGGCGGACCGUACGAUCCAUCCAACACCAACGGCGUCCUGUCUAUGGGCGGUGGCUCAGGAGCAGGUCGACUCACCCACCUGGUCGCACCGCUCGAGGCAAUCAAGCAGAAUAAUCCGCAGGCACUUAUCCAAUACGUGACCGACAACGCAUUGCUGACACAGCAACCGUCCGAGACGCUGUACACAGUCUAUCCAGCUGCCGAUGCCUGCCUGGUAUUCCUCAAAUCAUUUGCAACUGAAGGUGCGGAUCGGCUCAGUUUCCUGGCUGACGAUAACUCGACUGCUGUCGUUGACCUCGUCACUGGCUCCGGCACAUGUCCUAAUACCGUUGUCAUUCUGCACUCCGCCGGCGCAAACCUCAUGCCGUGGGCGGACAACGAGAAUGUCACGGCCAUCAUCGCCGCGCAUCUCCCCGGCGAACAAGCAGGCAACGCCAUUGUCGACGUCCUCUUUGGCCAGGUAAACCCCUCCGGCAAACUUCCGUAUACAAUCGCCUAUAACGAGAGCGACUACAACGCCCCCGUAGUCAAUUUCACGAACGUCGAUAACAAUGACCCGAACCUGUGGCAGUCAAAUUUCACUGAGGGAUUGUUGAUUGAUUACCGCCAUUUCGACUAUAACAACAUCACCCCGCGGUACGAGUUUGGUUUCGGACUUUCGUAUACCAAUUUCUCCAUAUCCGACUUGCAGAUACGUUCCGCCAGCAAUGGAAACGUAUCACCCACGCCGCAAGCACUCAAUGGAACUAUCCCCCCUCCAGGCGGAAAUCCAGACCUCUACACUGUCCUAGCCAGUGUCCAAGUCACAGUCUCAAAUACAGGUGACAUGCCCGGUCGUGCCGUGCCUCAAAUAUAUCUCGGUUUCCCCGACAGCACCAACACCUCGUCACCGACGCCAGUAAAAGUCCUUCGCGGAUUCGACAGAACCAAAAUCUUACAGACUAGUCAGUCAGUAACAAUGAGCUUUGAUUUGAGACGCAUGGAUGUAUCGUCUUGGGAUACGGGGAGGCAGGAAUGGGUUAUUCCAGCGGGGGAGUUUAUGGUUCUGGCUGGAUGGAGUAGUCGUGAUUUGCCGUUGAGGGGGGAGUUGCAGUUGGUAUAG